AUGAACGACGACGACAAAAUCUUGGAUAUCACCAAGAAGAUCGAGCGCGAAAAAGCUCUCAUCAAUGCCGCGAAUCUUAUGCGCCAGCAGACCAACAAUGAAGCCGUCCGCUCCAAGCUCGACACACAAAUGCGCGAGGGGCGCCGUAACCUCGAGUUCUUCGAGGAGAGGCUCCGCGAGCUUCAGAUGCGUCGUCUGGGGCAAUCGGUUGACAACAUGUCAAUAGGUGGAUCGACCCUUGGGUCUCUCAGGAGUACGGAACAGGGAACGGAAGAAGGCGGACCACCGGCGCCUCCUCCAAAGGACGGCUCGAGUUAUGCACAGUACGGCCAGGGCGACCUGAUGCCUCCCCGCGGACCGUUUCCUGGUCAGCCUCCGCAUUCUGGGAUCCCCAAAGCCCGCCCGAACUUUACGAAACUCGAUCUCAUCAAAUUUGACACACCAUACUUGGGUCCGCGGAUUCAGCUCAUGCUUUCCCAGAUCCAGUUCAAGCUCAAUGUCGAAGAUCAGUACCUCAAGGGUAUUGAGAAAAUGGUGCAGCUCUACCAGAUGGAGGGAGACAAGAAGAGCAAGGCAGACGCUGCAGCCCGGCGAAUUGAAAGCAGCCAAAAAAUCGUACUUCUGAAGCAAGCGUUGAAGAGAUAUGAGGAGUUACAUAUCGAUAUGGACGCAGAUUCCGCAGAUGAUGACAGCAUCAAUGUGCCAAAUCUGAGGAAGCCCUUGACUGGCCAGCUUUCUAUCCGUAUCCUGGCCGUCAAAGAUGUCGACCACCUCCCCCUGGGCCGAUUUUCGCGCGCCCCUGAGACUUUCAUUACUAUCAAGGUCGAAGACAACGUCGUGGCGAAAACGAGAGCUUCACGGAACGAUAAAUGGGAAGCGGAGUUUCACAACAUCUUCGUCGACAAAGCAAACGAAGUGGAGCUGACCGUAUACGAUAAACCCGGCGAGCACGCGCUACCCAUUGGCUUGCUAUGGGUGAGAAUAUCAGACAUUGUGGAGGAGCUUCGUCGGAAGAGGAUCGAGGCCGAGACAAGCUCCACGGGCUGGGUUUCCGCCGACCGUCUCGGCUCUGCUCCUAGGAUCCCGCCGCCACAGUUUCCGAUGGGCGCCCAGAGCCCGCAGUUUGCCGGGCCACCAACAUCCCCCGGGCAGCAACCGCCUUCAUUCACGCCGCAGCCGCCCCCGGUUGCUCCCGUUGUGUCGCAGCCCAUUGAUGCGUGGUUUAAUUUGGAGCCGACGGGUCAGAUCCAGCUCAGUCUCAACUUCGUCAAGGAGAACAAGGCUCCGCGCCCAAUGGAUGCUGGACUCAACCGCAAGGGCGCCGUUCGUCAGCGCAAGGAGGAGGUGCACGAGAUGUACGGUCACAAGUUUGUCCAGCGCCAGUUCUACAACAUCAUGCGCUGCGCGCUCUGUGGGGACUUCCUCAAGUACUCGGCCGGCAUGCAGUGCGAUGACUGCAAGUACACAUGCCAUACCAAGUGCUACACGAGCGUCGUCACCAAGUGUAUCAGCAAGAGCAACGCCGAGACCGAUCCCGACGAGGAGAAGAUCAACCACCGGAUUCCUCAUCGUUUCCAGCCGUUCUCGAAUAUCACCGCCAAUUGGUGUUGCCACUGCGGUUACAUGCUGCCAAUUGGCAAGAAAAACUCCAGAAAAUGCAUCGAAUGCAACCUCACCGCUCACGCGCAGUGCGUGCAUCUUGUUCCCGACUUCUGCGGCAUGUCAAUGGCAGUGGCGAACCAAAUCCUAGAGGGCAUCAGGUCGACAAAGAAGACCCGCCAGGAGAAGGCAUCCUCAAUGAGCGAAAGAAAUCUGAGGGCAGGGAGCAAGGGCACGACAGGCAGCUCUCAAUCUGGGGCCUCCUACGCGCCAUCUUCCCUGAGUGGCCAAACUGUAUCCCCCGAAGCCACCGAAGCAGCCAAGAUCAUGUACAAUCAGACUUCCUCCCCACAGCGCGCCGGUGCGGAGCGGCCUUCAACCUCCUCGACUACCGCAUCCGCGGCAGCCGCCGCGGCCAUGUCCCCCAAACAGACCCCAACGCCUCAGCAACAGGCCGGGCAGAUUCCUGAUUUCGGGCCAGGACAUUAUGGCGCGCCGGGAGGUUAUGGCCGCCCAACGCAACAGGAGGAAAGCCAAUACGGCGCUGUUCCACAGCAGCAACAGACGUAUGCUCAGCCGCAACAGCGCAAGUACAACCCGGCCGACUAUGCGAACAUCGGCGUGCACCCGGGCCAGCCGCCCGCGCAAGCCCGUCCGACGCAACAACCAGUGGUUCAGCAACAAUAUAUGCAGCAGCAGAUGUACCAGCCGCAACAGCCGCAGCAAACUGCCAUGGUGCCCAAGCCGCACCCCGCGCCAGCCCAAGCAGAGCAGCAGGUACCAUCUGCCUCUGGAGUUCCCACACCGGCCAGGAAGCCCCUCCCGUCCGCCACGGAUCCCGGGACUGGUCAGCGAAUUGGUCUGGACCACUUCAACUUCCUUGCUGUGCUUGGUAAGGGUAAUUUCGGGAAGGUGAUGCUGGCUGAAACGAAGCGCACACGCAAGUUGUACGCCAUCAAGGUUCUCAAGAAGGAAUUCAUUAUCGAGAACGACGAAGUGGAGAGCAUCAAGUCCGAGAAGCGCGUCUUCUUGAUUGCCAACCGCGAGCGGCACCCGUUCCUGACGAAUCUCCACGCGUGCUUCCAGACCGAGACGAGAGUAUACUUCGUCAUGGAGUACAUCAGCGGUGGCGAUUUGAUGUUGCACAUCCAGCGCGGCCAAUUUGGCACGAAGCGGGCUCAGUUCUACGCUGCCGAGGUGUGCCUGGCGCUCAAGUAUUUCCACGAGAACGGCGUCAUUUACCGUGAUCUGAAGCUGGACAACAUUCUCUUGACUCUCGACGGCCAUAUCAAGAUUGCCGAUUACGGUCUUUGCAAGGAAGACAUGUGGUAUGGCUCAACGACCAGCACCUUCUGUGGUACGCCCGAGUUCAUGGCCCCUGAGAUUCUGCUCGACAAGAAGUACGGCCGUGCCGUGGACUGGUGGGCCUUCGGCGUGCUCAUCUAUCAGAUGCUACUGCAACAGUCGCCCUUCCGUGGCGAGGAUGAGGACGAGAUCUACGACGCCAUUCUCGCCGAUGAGCCCCUCUACCCGAUCCACAUGCCGCGUGACAGCGUGUCCAUCCUGCAGAAGCUGCUCACGCGUGAACCAGAGCUGCGCCUCGGCAGCGGGCCCACGGAUGCGCAGGAGGUCAUGUCUCAACCUUUCUUCCGCAACAUCAACUGGGACGACAUCUUCCAUAAGCGGGUCGCGCCGCCUUUCCUGCCGCAAAUCAAGAGCGCCACCGACACGAGCAACUUUGACAGCGAAUUUACGAGCGUCACGCCGGUGCUGACGCCGGUUCAGUCUGUGCUCUCGCAAGCCAUGCAGGAAGAGUUCCGUGGCUUCUCGUACACGGCAAAUUUCGAGUAG